CUCACCGCUUUUCUGGCAACACAACCGUUGACGCAUUCCAAACUGAUACUGUGGACAAAUGGUGCGGAUCUGGUUUCUGCUAACGAACAUGUCAAGCAGUUCCUGGAAAAAUGGGGUGAAUAUAUAGAGGUCAGACAGGUCGAUUUGAACGCUCUGACCAAAGGUACAGAACUGGCAGGAUUGCUGAAUGGGAUCAACGGUGGUGGUCUGUUCGAUGAGAGGGCUUGGGUGGAUGGUGAUGCUGUGAGAUUGUUGGUUUUGUGGCAUCAUGGUGGGGUUUGGAUGGAUAUGGAUCAGAUUUUGACUAGAGAUCUGCACCCUCUCGUUGAGAGUGAGUUUGUCACGCAAUGGGAUUGUUAUGACAAACCCUACUUCUCUCUCAACGGCGCAUUGAUGCAUUUCCAACGUCACUCUCCUUAUCUAUGCGAAGCAUUCUCCAUCAUGGCCUCUUCACCUCUUCCCCGACCCAACACUUUCACCUGGGGUUCUCACCUUUAUUCCAAGCUUCACCGACGUCUCCUCGCAGGUCAUAUAAAACCCUUUGCCGUCCUUCCAUGGUGUUUUGCAGAUCCGCGGAAUUGUCGAGCAGAUGUACGAUUCCCCGAUCCCUUCUCACCUGAUCCCCCGAGAUGGGGUGGAAGACGUUGGGAUGGGCGUGGGGAGGUGGGUCGAAGUGGACGGGAAUUGUUAGAAGAGAGGGUGGGACAUGUAUGGACUGUACAUUUGCAUAAUCAAUGGACUAGGUCUUUUCCAAGGGAUGGAUGGGUUGACAGGUUGUUA